GCCUUCCCUGUCCGGCAGCAGCAGCGGGAGAGGCGCCUUGGGACGGCGUGGAAAAGCAGCGGCCGGGGGUCCCGUCGAGCAAAAGCAGGUAAAAGCAAAACCAAACAGCGGAGCCCGAGGGCGCCAUGGGGCGACCUCACCCCAGGGCUGGGUAAAGGAGAGGGAGGGAUGAUCCUUUGCCGCCUCCUUCCCGCUGUGUAAAAGGACCCCCCUCUUGGAAAGACCCCUUUCCAUGCCCCUAAUAGUGGCAGCCUGGAGAGGCACCCGCCUCUUGUUUUCUGCCCCCCUCCCACCCCCAGGACCAAGAAGCCCCAGUUCUGCCUGCUAGCUGGAUCUCCCACAAAAAAUUUUUCUCCCCUGCCUCUUAUUAGGAAAAGUCUAUGUCUUUCUUCCUUUCCAAAAAUGAAAAUUUAAGACCCCUUCUGUCUGCUGCAAAGCAUUUAGGAGAUAUAACUUGUUUGAUCUCACCCCCCCCCCAAAAAAAGUGGGGAAGCACUAGUUGCCCUUCCUUCCAAAGCCCCUCAUAGUUACAAUUUAAAAUUCUUACUACUCUGACUCCCAGCUCACCUCCUUGUUGGCAGAUAGAGAGAAAAGUUGUCUACCCACUUUGGGGGGGGGGGGGCUACAGAGCUGGGCAAAUGAGGCAUUAAAAGGGGGGUCCGGGGGUCCUCCGCCUCAAUGCGCUCUCCCAGUUGCUCAUAUUGUUGGAUGAGUUUUAUAUUUCCGUAGGUGUAACUGUUUUACCGAUCCACCCAAAUUGAUGCUUCCCUCUCCGCUGGCCAGUUCUGCUUCCUUUUAAACUCCUUUACUAUUCAGUUGGAAGUGGUGGCUUUUAAUUCCUUGGGAGAAAGAGGAAUUGGGCGGGACAAGGUGACCAGGUAUUGGCCCUACUCCUGGCCAGCUCCUCACCUUCUUUGCCCAGGGAAUGCCUUUCCUAUCCUUUGGGCGCUGGGCCUCUGCUCGCCUCUGGCUGCCCUUCUCUGAGUUACGUGGCUGGGUUGUCAGGGGGCGCGUGGCCAGUUUGAGGCCUCCAUCUCAGGCUCCCGAGACAGCCUGUGCCAGCCUCGGCACAGGCCUCCGUCCUUUCCCCAGUGGUACCCCAAACUCAGCUUCUCCUUGACCCCUGCUGCCGUCUGGUGCCCUCUGCCCCCCAUGGCCGCCAAGUGGUUCAAAGAGUUUCCGUCCAGCCUGAAAACGGUUUCGGAGAGAGCCAAGCCGGGCAGUGCCGCCAACCUUGGGAAGCUGUGCAGUGCCUCGCGCAAGAGCCUAGGUCCUCCCGAAGCGGGCACAGCGGCUUCUCUGCCCGGGAAGAACCGGAAAAACUCUGCCACUGAGCUGGGCGGCCCGCGGACCCUGCUUCUGCCAGGGAAAGAUGGCGGAAGCGGGCGGCUUUCGCGGGACAACCUCCAGGGCCUGCUGCAAGCCGCCGCAGGGAAGAUGCGCAAGAAUUCGCGGGUGGAUGGGGCCCCAGCGGACGAACCGGCACGGGGGGCACCCAAAGGCAACGCCGGCUGCGGGACCUACAUCAACCGGCUCAUCAAAGUGGAUGCUCACGAGAAAAAUGGAAAGAACUACCCUGGGAGCGCCCCGAGUCCCACCCUGGUUGCAGCUCCCGAGUCAGAGAAGGCUAAACAGGAGACGGUAAGGAUCCUGCUCAUUCCGAUACCCUUUCCAUGGUGGUGCCAGCGUAUUCCCAUUGGGCAGGUUUAUAAUGGGUAGGCCACAUUUAUUCUCCAUGCCCUUUCUCAGUUGCCAAAAGAAGAUGACCUUCUAAGGACUCUCUGCCUAUACCAACUUGACAUCGCUUAAUGCCACUUUUGGUUUUGCUACCCAAUUAACCUCGCGGGCACCCCUUGCUCUUGCAUCUUUCAUCUACCGUGAAUGUGCUUCCUUCUGUAAUUCCUUUGCCUCUCUUCCACUCCCUGCACCAGCUAAUUAAUCACAUUUUUUUUAAAAAAAAAAAGAGAUAUAAGCCAUUGCUUGAUUUGUGAGAGCCUUGAUGCUACGCUUAAUUUAGCUGGCCUCAAAACCACCAUGUUUCUUGUUAUGCAGAGUGAGAAUAAGAGGCGAGGAAGAGAGUGAGUGGCUCUUUGAGCUGCCCGAUGUCUGAAAAGAAGGGCGUCCUUAGUUCAGGGAUGGGCUCAGGCUGUCGGCUGCAGAUAGAACGUGGUGGGAAAUUAUAAAAGGGCUCCUUAAAAGCAAAACGAAAAGCCUAAAAUAAUUAAUCUGCUUCCUGGGGUUCUGUUUUGAAGGACGUCCGAACAGCACUUUAUAUGAAAGGAGAAACUCCUGCGGUUUUUAAUCCCGUAUACAGAAAUAUAAAUAGUUCCUUUCUUUGUUUGCACAGCACCAUCAGUAUACAGAAUUUGAUAAGCAACCUCCCCAGAACUUCUGCUUUAUGUAAAAAUCAUUGUUGUUACUGAGGUGCUCCUGUCAUUUAUGGGGGGAUACAAUUGUCAUUGGUCCUUCUAUUUACAAUGUUUGGGGGAGCGUGCCUAUCAUUACGUAGCCAAAACAGCACCAGCCACACACAGCAGGACAGUGGCAGCAGGUUUACCUGGAGGGGGGUCUCGUGCUUUGCAGAAGGACACAAUAAUCUUUAGAAAAAGAGGGUGGGGAAGAGGCAGAAACUGCUGAAUGAGGACUGAGCAUGCUCAGUGGCCACAGAAGACCUGAAAACAUGAGGGGGAAUGGAAUGGAGCACCUGAAAGGGGACAUGGCUGGCUGACUGGCAGGAACCCAGAACAAGCACACUCCAUACCCCAACAUUUUGUUGCAGGCCCCGCUAUCUAUUGAUUUAUUUGUACUUUAGGUGAUUUAUACAUUGCCAUUUGCGCAAGCGACAGGGUGCUUUACAAUAAGACACGUAAAUGAAAAACAAGGAAACCACCAAACCCAUAAAAUAGUGCCGUCCUUUAAAAGAGGGCAACCUUUUCCCAGACCAGCGGGUGUGGCUUGGGGAGGGGGUGUGGCUGAGAAGGUGUGGCCUCAGGAGAGUUUCCUGGGAAGAGGGAUGGAUGGCUAAACCACCCCGGGAAUUGUAGUUCUGGGGAGGAAAUACGAGGGCAGGAUUCUCCAAACAAUUUUCAGCACCCUGAACAAACUACAGUUCCCAGGAUUCUUGGUGGGGGGAGCCAGGGUUGUUUAAAGUACUAUUGUAGUGCUUAAAACGAAAUGUGCAGACAGGGCCUGGGGUAGGAUGUUAGCCACAUGAGAGGAGCCACACACAAAUACGCAUUUCAGGGGUUGGACUAGAUGAGCCUUUGGGUCCCUUCCAGCUCGACAGUUCUGUGAAAUAAACCUCACCUGAUUGCUUAAUGCUGCCUUUGCACCCCUUCCCUUUGCUGUCAAGGUUAUUAUCCUGGAAGAUUACGCCGACCCGUACGAUGCCAAGCGCACCAAGGGGCAGCGAGACGCCGAGAGGCUAGGAGAAAAUGACGGCUAUAUGGAGCCAUACGAUGCCCAGCAGAUGAUCACCGGUAAGUGUCCGGGCGUGUCUGCCGGGAGGGGAGGCAUUAGGCGGCCACGCCAGCCUCAAAAUCCCGAGACAAGGGGAGAGUUGGCAUCACCUGCCCAUGUCCCUUUCUGGAGUCCGUCUGUCCGUCCAUGCCCUCUUGGCGACAUCGAAUGGAGCGUGAGACAGCUUAGCAGUUUGGAAAACUGGAGCCGCCGUUAAUUGUUCCAAAGAAAGGUCAUCUUUUUAACGUUUCCUUUCUCGACACCCCGAGGGGCGGAGGCAAAGAAACCUGGCAGGCCUUGGUUUGCCAGCCCAGUUGUUUAAAUGCCAAUGCCAACGCCGCCACAUCCCUCAUGACUGACUGAUCAGUCAAAUGCAAGGUUUUUUGAGGUGUCUUGCUGGAGGAAAAUUCUUGCCACAACAUUUGCUGAGGAAUGCUUGCUAGUUUGUCAUGAGAACCUUGGUUGUUGUCAAGAAUUCUGAGACAAUUUCUUUAGGGUUCAUAAAGGUUCUUGGUCAGGACCAAGUUGGCCUUCAUUGUUUCCUUGUGAGGACAGAGGCUGCACCCUAGAACAAAGGUGGGGCACCUAUGGCCCUCUGGAGGCGGCUGGGACCCUGGCACCCAUCAUCCCUGGCCAUCAGUUUUCCUACCAAUGAUCUAAAGAUCUCCCCCACAUCCCAUAAGACCACUGAGUCAGAAUUAACCACUGUACCACUUCCUGCUUCCCGACUUCCCAUCAUUUGAGUUCCUGGUCAGUUACCAGAUCUUGUGGCAGGGAGUCCCACAAGCUAAACUCCAGCUGUGCGGAAGAAGUGAUUCCAUCUACAAUGGCUGGGCUAGUGGUUUAGCCAUGAUUUAAAUACAGGGGUGUACAGUGCCAGUUGUAUGUAUAAGCUAAACAAGCUAUAGCUUAGGGCCCCACUCUCUUGGGGGCCCCCAAAAAAAUUUAAAGGAAAAAAAACUGGAUGUACAUUUCCAAAAUAUAAGAUAAAAAACAAAUAAGAUAAAACCUACAUACAGCAACAGUGUUUUGUGUUGUGUAGGCUCCUAUGAUGUAAGGAAUGGGCCCCGCCUGCUAGCCUGCUCCCUAAAAUAUCACUGGUUUGCCCAUUUCUAUAUCAAUUACUUUGAUAAAAUACAUAUUUUGUUAUGUGCAAAUGGCUUUAGAUACCUAUUAGGUCCAUAAAUUACCAUAUAGCAUAUAUUCGACACAAAAAAACAGCGACAAUUUGUUGUUGACGAAGGACAGCUGGACUUAUAAAGGGCCCCAUUACCUUCAGUAGCUUAGGGCCUCUUCAAACCUAAAUCCGGUCCUGGGGGUGUGUAUAGAAGCUAGUCUACUGUACAAAAUUUAAGCCUCUUGCUCCGCCCACUUUUGCCCCAGGCCCCACCCACCACUGCCGUGCGGCCCCUCCAGGAGGUCACCCAGAAGGGAAUGUGGCCCUAGGUCUGAAAAAUCUCCCCCACUCCCAGAUUAUAGCACCUAGAAGCAGCCAAUGUGGGCAUGGUUUCGUGUUAUUAAAUUCAGAUUUCAAGCGGCCUGAAUCCCCACCGAUCCCCUACUUCCCACAUUGUCAGUGUGAGGUUGGGACCCCUUGACCCACCCUGCUGGGGGUCACUCGCACCCCAGCUGCUCCUUUUCUCUUCCCACCAAAAUUAAAACAAAACAAAACAACUCCCCCACAACCUUAUCUCUUCCAGCAGAGAGGCAGGAAAGGAGAGAGCUGGUUUCCUGACCCAGAUUUCUUUUUCCCGUUAGACCCCCCUCCCCUGCCCCUCAGCCGCCACCAGAUUUGUGCCCUGUCUCCCAGCUGUGCCAAAAAUUUGCUUUCUCAAAUUAAAAGCAGCAUGCUUGUUUUACAGUAGCUAACUUUUAUCUCAGGUCAUCUUUUUUUGCAAGGUUGCUUUGCAAGGGCAGAGAGAGUGAUGGAAUAUUAUGGUGCUUUUUGAGCACAUCUGCAGCGUGCGUUUAAAGAUCAUGGCUUCCUCCCCAGUGAAUACUGGGACCUUUGUCCCUACGAACUCUGGGAAUUGUAGCUCAGUUGAGGGGAAGAGGGGGUCGCCUAACCAAGAACUACAAUUCCCAAAGGAAGAAGGAUUGCUUGUUAAAGCAGACCCUCCAAUUGUCCCUAUUUUCCAGGGACAGUCCCAGGUUUAUAGAAGCCAUCUCAGUUUCCGAUUUGAUCCCAGAAUAUCCCGCUUUCCUUUAGGACGUCCCUAUUUUCAUCAGAGAAAUGUUGGAGGGGACGUGUCUAUUCUCACUGGUGAAAUGUUGGAGAAAAUCCUGAGAAAAGGCAUUUACUUCUCUCAGAGUGACCCUCCAAGUGCCCCUAUUUUCCAGGGACAGUCCUGGAUUUACAGAAGCCGUCCCAGUUUCAGAUUUGAUCCCGGAAUGUCCUACUUUUCCUUAGGACAUCCCUAUUUUCAUCAAAGAAAGGCUUGAGGGUAUGGAGUUAUGCAACCCCCCGAGCCAAGGAGAUAAGUAACUAUACAACCUUUAGAAGAAAACUGAAGGCAGCCCUGUAUGGGGAAAUUUAUAAAGGUUUUAUUAUGUUUUUAUAUACGUUGGAAGCCGCCCCGAGUGACUGGGGCAACCCAGUCAGAUGGACGGGGUAUAAAUAAUAAAAUUAUUACUAUUAUUAUUAUUAUUAUUAUUAUAGAAUAGGACAUCCCUAUUUUCAUCAGAGAAAUGUUGGAGAGUAUGUUAAAAGCACGCUGAGAAUGGCAGCUCUGGGACUGGAAGUUUAUAAAGGUUUUAUUAUGUUUUUAUAUACGUUGGAAGCCAUCCUGAGUAGAUGGGGUAUAAAUAAUAAAAUAAUAAUAAUAAUAAUAAUAGAAUAGGACAUCCCUAUUUUCAUCAGAGAAAUGUUGGAGGGUAUGUUAAAAGCACGCUGAGAAUGGCAGCUCUGUGCAGUGAGCGGGGAGAAGGGUUUCUUAACAACUCUCAGCAUCCAUCGCAAGCUACAUUUUCCCAGGAUCCUUUGGGGGAAGCCAUGACAAUUUAAAGCGGUGCAAUUUACAGCUUCAAGUGUGUGAUUCGGGGCCUUAUUUCUACCUUGCUCGAGUCAGUUAGCACCUGAGGGGCCUCAUUCUGCCGCCUGGGGCCCUGGACCUCUGACCCACCCCAGGCCCUGCCCUGACGGACCCCUGCCUUUUUGUAAAAACAAACAGGCCUCAAACGUGGCCGGUUGCCUAGCAACCAGCAGGAUGCCUGCCCUGGGCUCUCAGGCCCGUGGCGUUCCCACCCGGAGCUGACACAGAAUAACAGGAAAUGGUAGCGCCGGAAGCCGGAGGCGAUGUGGGGCAUUGUUGGUGGAGGUGGCGUCCGUGCGCAGGAUAUGGGCGCUUUUACCUCAGACGCUGGUUUCGAGUGCGAGGGUUUCCCAGAUCCUACAUUCGCUUCUCCUGGUUUUGACCCACCGCAGGGUAGGAGACAGUCCAAUCCUUCCUGUCAAGAACAGAGGAAGGCUGAUUUGCACCGAGUCUGAAACUUGGGUCCACCUUGCUCAGUGUUGCAUGCACAGACUGGCAGCAUCUGUCCAGGAUUUCGGGCAGGGAGUCUGUCUCUAUCUCUCUCUCCCAGCCCUCCCUGGGGAUGCUCCCGGGAUUUGAACCCAGGACCGUGCAAUGCAGGUGCUCUCCCACUGGACGAUGGCUUUUUCCCUGGAAAUAAAGGGAGUUUCUAGUCCCCAUGGCUUCACAUAAAGGGUUGAUUUUAACUUCAUAGCCAGACACUGGAGAGACCUGUCAGCAUGGAUCAAUGGUACCAAAUAGUAAGGGAAACAGCCUCAUUAGAAAAACUAACCAAUAAACUUUAAACUGACACAGGGACAAAUGGAAGAAGACGCCUAUGGCUCCCCUUUAUCACAUACGCAGCCCAACAAGACGAUGACAGGAACCCACCAACAGCAUCCAAUAUGGCUAACCUGAUUCAAAAAUAAUAAUAAUAAAUUUUUAUUUAUACCCCGCCCUUCGCGUUCAGAAAACCGGGCUCCAUUCACACACGAAAACAAAGUUCACCACAGCCGGUCACAAACAAACAACCACAUCCUAGGCCAACCCCAACCUCUCUCGCCCCCAAAGGAUCACAAGCGAAUAGCAAAGAGAACCCGCACAAGCGAUGCUGACACAAAACCCCACACAUACAUUAAAUAAAAUAGAAACAUCGCUACCCGACCCCAACCCACUCACCAUUCCCCCCUCCACCUCUUUCCCCCUUUUCUUCCUAAUGCAACACUAAUGCAGGGGUCGGCAACUUGCGGCCCAUGGACCACAAGCAGCCCUCGGGGGUCGUUUAAACGGCCCACGAGUCACCCCCAAACUGAGCCGUCCGCUCAGUGAGUCCCCGCGCGCUGCACUAAAGCGGCGCAGCGCGGAGCGGGGACUCGCUUCCGCGGCGCCGGAAAUCGCAUCUGCGCAGACCCAGGCGCCGAAAAUUGCGUCUGUGCAUGCGCAGGCGUGAUUCGGCGCACAGAACGAUCUCAGCAGGAGUGAACCAGCCCAGGCAAGGUAAACCUUGCAGAGCCCUGCACUAAUGUCUCAACGAAUGAAACUGAUCUGUAGGAAAUGUAACUUGGAAAAAAGAGAUAUUGCACAUACUUUUGUAAACCAGGAAAUCUUUAAUAAAAAAUACAUUUAAAAAACCCAUAAAGGGUUGAUUUAAAUAGGAACGUGGGAAGCUUGUCUCACUUUUAAUCUCAGGCUGGUGGGUUCAAGCCCCACGCUGGGCAAAAGAUUCCUGCAUUGCAGGGGGUUGGACUAGAUGACCCUCGGGGUCCCUUCCUAGAUUCUGUAAAUCUGCCUCAUACAGAGUCAGACUCUUAACUUUGCCUCACCCAUGUUUUGAAUUCUGAGGAGAAAACCAGAUGAAUCGGAAGCAAGGAAUUCAAAAAUCUUUACUAGAAUACUGUACUAGAGUACAUAAGCGGACAGGUCACAAAACGGAAGCAAUGUUUGUUCUAGGAAAAAUCAGAAUCGAGUGGAAAGUAUCAUGGAAUGAGAACCCACGAGGCAUUGUUCUAGCUGUUCCCUGCGACACAACCCAUUUCAUGUUGAGGAAUUAGGCAUAAGAGAAACCUAACAGGGUUGCUAGCUUGUUCACCAUGCAGUCCUGGAACUAAGUGUAUCUCUGCUAUAAAAUUUAUUAAAAACAAAAAAAACCUUUUGUCUACUUUGACUGACAGCAAAGGACCCAUUAGACUGAAUGGGGUACAUACACACAGAGAAAUUGCUCUUUUUCACUCACUCGCACUCACACAUAUGCAUAAUAAAGGCAAAGGACCCCUGGAUGAUUACGGUAAGUUCAGUCAAAGGUGACUUUGGGGUUGUGGCACUCAUCUCGCUUUCAGGCCGAGGAAACCGGUGUUUGUCCACAGACAGCUUUCUGGGUCAUGUGGCCAGCAUGACUAAACCGCUUCUUGCGCAACGGGACACCGUGAUGGAAACCAGAGCGCACGGAAACGCCGUUUACCUUCCCGCCACAGCGGUACCUAUUUAUCUACUUGCACUGGUGUGCUUUCGAACUGCUAGGCUGGCAGGAGCUGGGACAGAGCAACAGGAGCUCACCCCUGUCGCGGGGAUUUGAACCACCAGCCUUCUGAUCUCUAUGCUAAGCAUAGAGUGUGCGUGCACACACACACACACACACACACACACACAAAUGUGGUACCCAGAGAAAAAUCAACGGGUACCUUUUACACAAACGUUGACGGGUGCAGAGAAACCCUGACCUUUCCACCCCGUUUUCCUCCCAGAAAUCCGCAGGCGGGGUUCAAAAGACCCUCUCGUCAAAGCCAUCUUGCUGUUGGAUGAGCCGGUGGAGGCCAAAGGAGACCCCCCUGCUGCUGCUGCUGCUGCUACUGCUACAACUACAACUACAACUAUUAAGCGCCAAGGGGCCAAACCGCCACAGCUCUAUGACACCCCCUACGAACCGGCGGAAGCUGGGCCCAAGCCAGAGGCCCGACUCCCGGAGAAUGACGAGCGGCCGCCAGCUGAGUACGAACAGCCCUGGGAGUGGAAGAAAGAUCAAAUUGUGAAAGCUCUCUCAGGUAAGAGACAGUAUGCGCAUGUGGAGAUUAGGGUUGGGAGUGGGGUGCGUUGUCUCAGGUUUAUUUGCCUGGUCACCUAUGGUGAGCUCAGAAAUCCAGGCGACCAGGCAGAGAAGUUUAACCAGAAGCUGUCCUUCUUCCGUUCUGUUUAAGACCCAAAUAACGCACGUAAGGGGACAUGGGUGGCGCUUUUGGUUAAACCACAGAGCCUAGGACUUGCUGAUCAGAAGGUUGGCGGUUUGAAUCCCUGCUACGGGGUGAGCUCCUGUUGCUCGUUCCCUGCUCCUGCCAACCUAGCAGUUUGAAAGCACUUCAAAGUGCAAGUAGAUAAAUAGGUACCGCUCCGGCAGGAAGGUAAACGGCGUUUCUGUGUGCUGCUCUGGUUCACCAGAAGCGGCUUAGUCAUGCUGGCCACAUGACCCGGAAGCUGUACACCGGCUCCCACGACCAAUAAAGCAAGAUGAGCGCCGCAACCCCAGAGUCGGCCACGACUGGACCUAAUGGUCAGGGGUCCCUUUACCUUUACCUAACUCAUGUAAAUCUAUGUGUAGAUGAAUAAAUUCCAUAAACCUACGCCAGAGGGCUGACUUUGGCACCCACCCAUCAGUCGCCGGCCAUAAUUAUGACAGCAGAUGAUCCACAGAUUGACUACAGAUGCAAUUAAUAAUAACUUGCAAGUUGCUGGUAGCGCUGGACUCCCAUUGGUGGAUGUGUGGCGCAUCCGUGAAGACUCUUCCCCUUUCCUUCCAGUGCAGUUUGACGGGCCAGAGAGACCCCCAGCAUCCAAGGAUGAGGCUCCAGCACAGUCGCGGCAACAGCAGCAUCGCCGCCAGCGAAGCUGGCCCUCCAAGAUGGUGAAGCCCAUGGCCGUGGCAGAGCCAGACCCGGAUGGGGAUCGUGUGGAUCCUUCUCUUGCGUUAGAGAAACAGCCGUAAGUAUUCAGCAGCCAAAGAUAGCCUCAGCACCAUAGCUGUGUAUAUUCUAUACCUCUGCAGGCCUCUUAGAAUCCGAUAGUCUGGGAUGUAGUUCAACAUCCCCCAGCAUUCAUUUGUUUUUUUUUUUAAAAGAUGGCAAGUUGCUAGCCCUCAUUAAGUGGCACAAAAUUCCUUGCGAAUUUCACCAAGCCUGUCUGUCUGUGGAUAUUUUUCCUUGCCUUCCCUUCCACCUUCCCAGCAAAUGCGUUCCAAGUUCUUCCCAGCUUAGGAAACAGAAUACAUUCAGGAAUAAUGCACUGAACAGGCAUGCUUUAUUUAAAAAGUUCUGCUUUUAUUGGGCAGAAUACACAUGGUGUGGUCUUAUCCUCCCUCCCCUGCUUCUACCAGCCUUUUGAAACGUUGAGAUUUGGGGGGGGUCUCCUAUGCGUGGCGUACACAGCCCCUCCUUGGAAUGCAUCACCUAAAUUCAGAGCCCCGAAAAUAUCCCUUGUUUAUUUGAAAAAGCAAAAACAAAAGUAAGUUUCUGUCCCUCAGGGUAGAACCAGGAGGUACACUGACAGAGUUCGCUGGUGGUUAUGGAGCAUGUAUAAGAUCUGGAGCAAAGCUUGCCCAUUUAUCAUAGGAUCUGAACAGCUCAGUUCGUAAGCAGCUGAGUGCUAUGCUGUUCCUCACUGUGGACUAGAAGCUUGCUCUGAUCUCAUGGGGCCAUUUGUAUUCCAGACUGGAAGCAGUAUUCCAUUUCCUUGCCAUGUGCUGAAGGUUCUCCACCCCUGAUUUAGGCAGAAUCCAUCUGGAAUGCUGCAAGUUGCAAGAUUCCUGUCUUGACCAGAGAGCUGGACUAGAUGACUAGGGUCCUUUACCAACUCUUAAGAAUCUCUAGUUAAUCCGUGUGAGCUCCUACCUGCAGUUUGAAAAGGAUGCAACUCAAUGGGGUGAGGGAAGACACACAGUCAGUGCUUUAACUCCACUGUUUUGGGGGUAUUAUUAUUUUUAAAACCCAGCCUGCAAUAAAAGCCACCUUAGUGUUUUAUAAACUGAUAAACCCCAGGCAGAGAGCAAAAUGAAUUGGGGAGGGUUUUGUUCUUCCUUCGUUCUCCAAGCACGGAGACGCAGGUCCAUCUCAUGAAUAGGCUGAUUGGCAGGCAGCUUUCAAGGACAGAGAAGGGGAAAGCUUUUCAUGAGAAAGCAUAAUGAACCUGCGAAGUUAAUUGCCAUGGGAUGUUGCUAUGGCGACUUAGGAUAAGUAGCACUUUAAAAAGAGCAAGGUUGGGGGGGGGCAGUUUUAGAAAAAUCCAUGAUAGAUAGGGUUAUCGACGGCUUUCCACUGAAAGCGAAGCCUCCAUGUUUAAAAGCAGUAUACCUGGGGCACCCUGGAACGCAGUCCCAACAUUGCCUGAUCACUUAUGGCAAGUUAAGAAAUUUGUCCAGGCGACUAGACAGAGAAGUUUAAUAAGAAGCAGGUUCCUCCUCCCCUUUCCUUCUUGUUUAUUUUAAGACCCAAAAAACUAAUGUAAAUAUAUGUGUGGAUCAGGCAUCCCCAAACUCGGCCCUCCAGCUGUUUUGGGACUACAAUUCCCAUCAUUCCUGACCACUGGUCCUGUUAGCUAGGGAUGAUGGGAAUUGUAGUCCCAAAACAGCUGGAGGGCCAAGUUUGGGGGUGCCUGGUGUGGAUGAAUAACUUCCAUAAACUUAUGGACAUUCCGGCAACAGGCAUUAUUCUGGUGAGCACUGUCUGUUUUCAAGCGCCUGAAUGGGGAGCCCGGUGCCCGCCGGGUGCUCUUGAACUAGAACUCCCAUCAUCCCUGACCGUUGGGCCAUGCUGGCUGGGGCUGAUGGGAGAUGAGAAUGCAAAAGAGCAUCAGGCAGGCCAGCAGCCCACCUGGGCAAGCAACAGGGCUUGAGCCAGCGGCGAGGAGAUCCUCUAUGGAGCCUGUAGAGGAGAUUCCCUUUGGGCUCUGGGAAGGGUCUCCUUGUGAGUAGGAGGUGCAGCUUGGCUUUGCUCAGGCUGCUGAGAGGCGCUGGGGUGAGAUAUCUCAAUUUUCAGAAGUAGAGGGCCCAUGGCUUGGCUUUUGGAAACAGGGUCUGUAGUACUUCGCUAAUAGGAACCACUGCUCUGUGGUAAGAAAAGCCCUGCUGGAUCAGGCCAGAGGCCUUUCUAGUCCAGCAUUCUGAUCUGUCAUGAGCAGAUCAUAGAUUCAUAGAAUUGGAAGGGACCACGAGAAACACCUGGUACAGCUUGGCUACCGAACAAAUCGGCUCCCGAACGUCGCAAACCCAGACGUAAGUGUUCUGGUUUGCAAACGCUUUUUGGAAGCCAAUGUCAGCAUUGUUUUGGGGGGAGCAAUCAGCCAAUCAGAAGCCAUGCCUCGGUUUGCGAACAUUUUGGAAGUCGAAUGGACUUCCGGAACAGAUUACGUUUGAGAACCAAGGUACCACUGUACCAUUUUCAGUCUCUCCGACAGUCGGCACGUCCAGAACGGAUUGAGUUUGGGAACCAAGCUCCUGCAAUACAGGAAUCUUUCACCCAGUGUGAGACUCGAACCCACAGCCCUGCGGUUCGGAAUCGCCUGCUCUACCAACUGAGCUGACAAUAGCCCCCCAGGUGCCCACGAGCUCUCGGUCUCUCCCCUCCUGAGGUUUCCAUCAACUUGUAUUCAGAAGCACCGCUGAAGCUGACCCUUCUCCUUUCCCCGCAGCUGGUUUCACGGCGCCAUCACUCGAACCGAGGCGGAGAGCCGGCUGCAGCCGUGCCGGGAAGCCGGCUACCUGGUCCGCACCAGCGAGACAGCGACCAGCAAGUACUCCAUCGCCCUCAAGUGAGUGCCUGUUCUCCGAGGCAGGAGGGCUGGAUGGGGGCAAAGCAGACUCUGAUCUGAAGUCAACUCACUCCCAGAUCUCCCUUGCCAAGCCACACCAUGGGGUCAGUGUUGUCGGCCCAGGCCAGUAGCAUUCCUCUCUGCCUCCUUGGGGGAUGCCAGGAAUCGAACCUGGGACCUUCUGCGUGCAAGGCAGAUGCUCUACCACUGAGCUAUAGCCCUUCCCUUGAAUAUAAUAAGGUUCUAGUCCUCAUGCUUCUGAACAAAGGGUUAGUUUAAAGAGGGACUUAGGAACCGGCCUCAUCCCUUUGGUCUAUCUGGCUCAGUGUUGUCUACACUGACUGGCAGCAGCUCUGCAGGGUUUCAGAUUGGAGGGGCAUUCCCAGUCCUAGCUGGAGACCCCGGAGAUCUAACCUGUGACCUUCUGCAGGCAAGGCAGGCGUCCCAAACCACUGAUCAAUGGCCGCCUCUACUUUAGUUAACUCACCACCACCUGUCCAAAUAGCCACAGCCGCGCUCUGCCUUGCAUUCUGCAAGAAAAUUGAGAGAGGGGAACCUGAAAUGGGAGCGGGGGCUGCAGGACCAAGGAGGAAAAGGAGAUCCAUUCAACCAUCCCUGCCUUGUUCUCUACCCUGCCCACCCAGAUUCCCGGAAUCCUUUCGCCUUUCUGACCUUGCUUGUGUAGCUCUGCUGCCUCCCUUUCCAGCACUGGCUCCUCAGCGGAGGAUCGCUGGCCGGGUGCGGCCCACACUUCCUUCCUCAGGAUGCUGAGCCCCUGGAUUGGAAACAAUCGGAGCUGGGAAGGGAAGGGGAUUUGAAAAGAGAGGGCGAGGAGUUGUGGCAGGGGAGGGCUAAGGCAGCGAGAAGCAGGCCAGGGACCCAGAAGGGACCCCCUGCUACCGGGUCUCCUGGGGGUCCUGAGCCCCUUUGCAUUUCCUGACUCAGUUCCGUAAAAGGAAAAGGCCUCUUUUCCUUUUUUUUUCUACUUGGCUGAAUGCUGAGAUGGGACCCUGUUAUCCUGCUGGACCCUAACUCCCAUCAUCCCUGACCUUUGGCCACGUUGGCUGGGAGCUGAUGGGAGCUGGAGUCCAAGAAAGUUGAUGAACUACAACUCCCUUCAUCCCAGUGAUUCUGUGUUCUGGAUCCAGGCCUCACCUGCAGCUACGUUUUUAUUGGCUUGGUUUGUUCCUUCAAAAGAAAAGUGGUCCAUAUUGGCACACAUAAGAAUUUAUUUUUAUUUUUUAAAAACCCUUUUAUUGUAAGAAGUCAAUAAUAUUCCCAAACGACCUACACAACCAUCCACAUGAGACAGGAUGAUGUCAAAUCCCAGGUAUAGGAGAGGAAUACACACACACACACACACACACACACACACACACACACCAUAUUUAUUCGAAUGUAAUGUGUACCUUUUUUGGCCAAAUUACAUUGCGAAUAUUCAGGUGCGCAUUAGAUUCGAUUGCAAGCUUGAAAAGCACCGCGGACGUAGCAAAUACUUUUUUUGGGUUUCAAGGUUUUAAAAACUGAGGUGCGCAUUAGAUUCGUUGACACAUUAGAUUUGCGUAAAUACAGUAUAUAUAUCCCGCCUUUUCCAUUGACGGGACUCAGCUUACAUAUACAGUGGUACCUCGGGUUACAUACGCUUCAGGUUACAUACGCUUCAGGUUACAGACUCCGCUAACCCAGAAAUAGUGCUUCAGGUUAAGAACUUUGCUUCAGGAUGAGAACAGAAAUCGUGCUCCGGCAGCGCAGCAGCAGCAGGAGGCCCCAUUAGCUAAAGUGGUGCUUCAGGUUAAGAACAGUUUCAGGUUAAGAACGGACCUCUGGAACGAAUUAAGUACUUAACCCGAGGUACCACUGUACAGUCGUACCUUGGUUCUCGAAUGCCUUGGUACUCAUACGUUUUGGCUCCCAAACGCCAAAAAUCCCGGAAGUAAGUGUUCCGGUUUACGAAUGUUUUUUGGAAGCCAAACGUCUGACGUGGCUUCUGCUUGAGUGCAGGAAGCUCCUGCAGCCAAUCAGAAGCCGUGCCUUGGUUUUUGAACGUUUCAGAAGUCAAACAGACUUCCGGAACAGAUUACGCUUGAGAACCAAGGUACGACUCUCAUUUUCAGUCUCUCCGACAGUCAGCACGUUUCCUUUUAAAGCACGAAUAAUGUGAAUAAAUCAAGUGGGCUGGGAGUUUCAACUUGGAGGCGGACUAAGCCACAGGUGUCUUUGCACCCAGCAGGAAGGAUUGAGAGGGGAGCGGGGGGGGGGGGGGAAUGCAAGCAUCCUGUUCACACACACCCAAUUUUGUCCCCCUCCACGUCCAGGACCAGCCAAGGAUGCGUCCACAUCAUCGUGGCCCAGACCAAGGAUCACAAGUACACGCUCGACCAGUCCGGUGGCCUCUUUGACAGCGUCCCCGAGGUGGUGUGCUAUUACUCCAGCGAGAAGCUGCCUUUCAAAGUGGCUGAGCAUAUGAUGCUGCGCUACCCGGUCGCUACACCAAGCAAGACCCACUAGCGCCCUCCUCUGCCCCCCCAUCUCCCUGUACACACACCUGGAAUCAGAACUGGGAUCUGACUGGAGAAACGCUGGACUGGGGAAGGUAUACCUUUACGCUCGUGAAACAGCCACGGAUCAGCAGCGGAUCUUCCCCACAUUCAACUCCUUUCUGCUCAUGGACUCCCUCCUCCCCCCCCCACUUCCCUCCCCCCAAGAUCUCUGGGAUCAGGACCCUCUGUUUCUCGUGAAUCGGCCCUCCUUUCCUUCUGCACUGUAAUUUAUGUAUAAAUAAAUUCAUUCUGCCACAGGGCUGGGGGAAACAGUGGUCUUCCUGAUGUGGUUGGACUCCAACUCCCAGCCAGUGUGGCUGAUAGGGCCUGGAGAAACCAUAGAGUUGGAAGGGAUCCUGAGGAUCACUUGGUUCAGCUUCCUGCGAUGCAGGAUUACGCAGCUGUCCCGUACGGGAAUCGAACCCACAACCUUGGCGUGGAUGAUAACAUCCCCAUGCUCUUAACCAGCCGAGCUAUCCAGGAGGAUGGGAGUUGUAGUCCAAUAGUUCCCCACUGGUUUCCCACCCCUAAUCUAGUGUGACCGAUCUGCUGUGCAGAUGAAAGAGUGUGGCGGCGGCAGUGCUGACCCCUGGGGGCCCCCAUUAAGUUCUAUUGGAUGUUAUAAGGUUCGGAUCUGAGAUUCUGUGGAGAGGGGACAGAAUCUUCUCGUCUCAGAUUCUGUGGUCGACAGGGGCAGGAGGGAGCUUAGGACCCCAUAUUAUCCUCAAUGAUCCUCUUUUGCUUUCUCCCAUAUGAAUGAAUAGCUAGUGUUCAUUUCCACGGAGGGAAGACACACCUGCAGCCAUAUGGGAGGAAUUUAGCGCAUCAUAAUCUAGACCGGUGGGACGCGGGUGGUGCUGUGGGUUAAACCACAGAGCCUAGGGCUUGCCGAUCAGAAGGUUGGCGGUUCGAAUCCCCAAGAUGGGGUGAGCUCCCAUUUCUCGGUCCCUGCUCCUGCCAACCUAGCAGUUCAAAAGCACACCAGUGCAAGUAGAUAAAUAGGUACCGCUCUGGCGUUUCCAUGUGCUGCUCUGGCUCGCCAGAAGUGGCUUAGUCAUGCUGGCCACAUGACCCGGAAGCUGUAUACCGGCUCCCUUGGCCUAUAGAGCGAGAUGAGCGCCGCAACCCCAGAGUCGGCCACGACUGGACCUAAUGGUCAGGGGUCCCUUUACCUUUACCUUUAAUCUAGACCGGUGCCAUCCUCCAAGAAGGCGAUGCUGUGGUAAGAUGGGCAACUGGCCUGAUCCUGCUUUUAAGUUCUUAGGGCCUGGGGUCAUGUGCCCCUUCCUCAGUGUUUUAUGGAUCUGAUUACCAAAUAUCAACACAGCCCAUAGGGUUGUUGUGAGGGGGAAACAGGGAGGGCAAAACACUUGUAUGUGGCCACCUUGAGCUCCUUGAAGGAAAAGAAAAGAUGGGCUAGAAAUCUAAUAAACAAACAAGCUAAUAC